UCAUUGCUGCUCAUGCGCUGUGGGAGGACAGCCCGCUCGGAGGACCUAGGUCUCCCUGCGACUGCGCAGACUGGAUCCCUAGUGAAUCAUGGCGACCUGCGCCGACAUCCUGCGGAGCGAGUUCCCAGAAAUUGACGGACAGGUCUUCGACUACGUGACCGGCGUCUUACACAGCGGCAGCGCGGACUUUGAGUCUGUGGAUGACCUGGUAGAAGCUGUGGGGGAACUAUUGCAAGAAGUGUCCGGGGACAGCAAGGAUGACGCGGGCAUCAGGGCUGUGUGUCAGCGUAUGUACAACACUCUACGCCUGGCUGAGCCACAGAACCAGGGAAACAGCCAGGUGCUACUGGACGCGCCCAUCCAGUUGUCAAAAAUAAUGGAGAACUACGACUGUGACACCAAACUUCCAGGACUGCUAAAGAGGGAACAGUCCUCGACUGUGAAUGCAAAGAAACUAGAAAAGGCCGAAGCGCGGCUGAAGGCAAAGCAGGAGAAGCGCUCAGAGAAGGAAACACUGAAGACCACCAACCCCCCAGUCUUGGAGGAGGCAUCAGCUAGCCAGGCAGGCAGCAGAAAGGAGAGUCGGUUGGAAUCAUCUGGCAAGAACAAGUCCUAUGAUGUUCGAAUUGAGAACUUUGAUGUGUCUUUCGGCGAUAGGGUACUGCUGGCUGGAGCAGAUGUGAACUUGGCAUGGGGACGCCGCUAUGGGCUGGUGGGACGAAAUGGUCUCGGGAAGACAACACUGCUAAAGAUGCUAGCCACUAGGAGCCUGCGAGUUCCAGCCCAUAUUUCCCUGCUACAUGUGGAGCAGGAGGUUGCUGGAGAUGACACCCCUGCCCUGCAGAGUAUGCUGGAGAGUGAUAAUAUACGGGAGGAUCUGCUACGGCGAGAACGAGAACUCAGUGUCAAGAUUGCUGCUGGCAGGACAGAGGGCUCAGAAGCUGCACAGCUGGCAGAAAUUUAUACCAAACUGGAAGAGAUUGAAGCUGAUAAGGCUCCUGCCAGAGCAUCAGUCAUUCUUGCAGGGCUUGGUUUUACCCCCAAAAUGCAGCAGCAGCCUACCAAGGAGUUCUCAGGUGGCUGGAGGAUGAGAUUGGCCCUAGCCCGGGCUCUGUUUGCCAGGCCAGAUCUUCUGCUGUUAGAUGAACCCACAAACAUGCUGGAUGUACGGGCCAUCCUGUGGCUUGAGAAUUACCUGCAGACAUGGCCCUCCACAAUCCUAGUCGUCUCUCAUGACCGCAACUUCUUAAAUGCCAUCGCCACAGACAUCAUCCAUCUGCACAGCCAACGGCUAGAUGGUUACCGGGGGGACUUUGAAUCCUUCAUCAAGAGCAAGCAGGAGCGGCUACUCAAUCAACAGCGUGAAUAUGAGGCACAGCAGCAGUAUCGCCAGCACAUCCAGGUUUUCAUUGACCGUUUUCGCUACAAUGCCAACAGAGCCUCUCAAGUACAGAGUAAACUCAAGAUGCUAGAAAAACUACCCGAGCUGAAGCCAGUGGACAAAGAAUCAGAGGUGGUGAUGAAGUUUCCAGAUGGGUUUGAGAAGUUUUCACCGCCAAUUCUGCAGCUAGAUGAGGUGGAUUUCUACUACGAUCCUAAACACAUCAUCUUCAGUCGUCUGUCUGUCUCUGCUGAUCUUGAGUCUCGCAUAUGCGUGGUUGGAGAGAAUGGCACUGGGAAGUCUACUAUGCUGAAGCUGCUCAUGGGGGACCUGGCUCCUAUUCGGGGUGUCAGGCAUGCCCACAGGAAUCUGAAGAUUGGCUACUUCAGCCAGCACCAUGUGGAGCAGCUAGACCUGAAUGUCAGUGCUGUGGAGCUCCUGGCACGCAAGUUUCCUGGGCGCCCUGAAGAGGAAUAUCGUCACCAGUUGGGCCGGUAUGGCAUCUCUGGAGAACUGGCUAUGCGCCCUGUUGCAAGCUUAUCUGGGGGCCAGAAGAGCCGGGUGGCCUUUGCUCAAAUGACCAUGCCCUGCCCCAAUUUCUAUAUUCUGGAUGAACCCACAAACCACCUGGACAUGGAGACAAUUGAGGCUCUGGGCCGUGCUCUCAACAACUUCAGGGGUGGCGUCAUUCUCGUAUCUCAUGAUGAGCGCCUCAUUCGGCUGGUGUGCCAGGAGUUGUGGGUGUGUGAGAGAGGCAGUGUCACCCGGGUCGAGGGAGGAUUUGAUCAGUACCGUGCCCUCCUCCAAGAACAGUUCCGCCGAGAGGGCUUCCUCUAGGACCACCAGGCUGAUUGAGGACUGUGCCUAGGACAUGGACUGGUCUUGCAGACCCCUGGGCUACCAUGUAGGCAACCAACUCCAGGCUUAGGACUUUCUCUAUUUGGGGACAGCCUUAUUCCCCAAAUUUCUCUUUGCAUUUUAACUGGAACGUCCUCUGCACAAUGUGGGGAGACCUGUCCAAGGGCCUGUGAGGACUGUGUCCCAAGGAAAAGGGAUAGGGGAUGUCAUCUGGGAUUAUAAAUACCCCACUGCCCAGUUUAACAGGGCCCUACAUGGCUGCUAUGUAAAUUAAACAUCCCCCUGCGUCUC